CGGCGCAUGCGCAGAUCAGUCGCGAAGAGGAAGCGACAGAGCAACGGACGAGCUGCGGCUGAUAUCCACUGACACAAUUAUGUCUGUCUCGACACCGCCGGUUUCUCUCAGGUAUCCGUUUACCGGAGCCUGAAUGGCGUUGGUAACCGUGCAGCGGUCGCCUACUCCAAGCGCAACAUCCAGCCCUUGCGUUUCGGAGUCUGGCAGUGGGGAAGAUGACCGCAGAUCUCAACCCAGAAGCAUCAGCGAGAACUUCCUGACAGUAAAAGGUGCCGCUCUUUUCCUUCCACGUGGAAAUGGCUCCCCUUCAUCCUGUUCCUCAAGAAUCACAGCACAGCGCAGUAAACAUGCAGGUGACAUUCAACAGCACCUGCAGACCAUGUUCACCUUACUGCGGCCGGAGGACAACAUCCGCCUGGCUGUUCGGUUGGAGACCGCGUUCCCCCUGUGCACCCGCUACAUGGUGGUGGUCUCCACCAACGGCAGACAGGACACAGAGGAGAGCUUGGUGCUGGGAAUGGACUUCAGCUCCUCCGACAGUUCCUGUUCCAUAGGCAUGGUGCUUCCCCUUUGGAGUGACACGAGGAUCCACCUGGAUGGAGAUGGGGGUUUCAGCGUGUCCACAGAUAACAAGAUACAUAUAUUCAAGCCAGUCUCUGUCCAAGCUAUGUGGUCCGCUCUUCAGUCUCUUCACAAGGCCUGUGAGGUGGCCCGCUGUCACAACUACUUUCCAGGAAGCCUCUUCCUGACCUGGGUGAGUUAUUACCAGAGCCAUGUGUCCUCCGAUCAGGCCCUGAUCAACGAAUGGAACGCCAUGCAGGAUGUGCAGUCUCACCGUGCAGACUCUCCUGUGCUCUUCUCUGAUGUGCCAACCGAGCGUGAAAGAACAGAGAGACUCAUCAAGACUCGUUUGAGAGAGAUCAUGAUGCAGAAGGAUCUGGAGAACAUCACAUCAAAAGAGAUCCGCACAGAGCUGGAGAUGCAAAUGGGAUGUAAUUUGCGGGAGUUUAAGGAGUACAUCGAUAACGAAAUGAUCGUCAUCUUGGGUCAAAUGGACAAGCCUACGGAGAUAUUUGAGCAUGUUUACCUGGGUUCUGAAUGGAAUGCAUCUAAUCUGGAAGAACUGCAAAACAGCGGGGUGCAAUACAUCCUCAAUGUGACACGGGAGAUCGAUAACUUUUUCCCUAACCUCUUCGAGUACCACAACAUCCGUGUUUACGAUGAAGAAGCCACAGACCUGCUGGCUUACUGGAACGACACUUAUAAGUUUAUUUCCAGAGCCAAGAAAGCAGGGGCAAAGUGCCUGGUGCAUUGUAAAAUGGGUGUCAGCCGAUCGGCUUCCACCGUGAUUGCUUACGCCAUGAAGGAGUACGGCUGGGACCUGGAGCAGGCUUUUGAGUAUGUUAAAGAGCGACGGGCCGUCACCAAGCCCAACCCAUCUUUUAUGAGACAGCUGGAGGAAUAUCAGGGCAUCCUAAUGGCCAGCAAACAGAGACACAAUAAGCUGUGGCGUUCCCUCUCGGACAGUGAUCUUUCUGAGCACCACGAGCCGCUCUGUAAAGCCCCUGCUGCGCAGUCUCUCGGCCGCUCCAAUUCCCGCAACCAGGUGGGCUUCCAGGGCUCGCCCUCGAUACAGGAGCUCCUGCAGACCCUCACACCUACAGCUGAAAACACAGAUUGGCCAAAAUCCCAUAUUUACAACGGCCUGGGGAGUCCAGAUGGGAACCACCAUGGGCCCACGGAGGAAUCUGCCCACCCCAGACCUAGGGCUGCCACUGUAGUCCCAGGGGCCAUAUCUGACAUCACCUCUGUGACCAUCGCCGAGACGGUCUCAUUGGGUCGUCCCCACCCACCCGCUGCUGUACAUCACUCACCCUCUUCUCCUAGGCUUUUCUCAGAUGCAAAGAACAAGCAGGUGCUGCCCGAUCAGCACGAGGUGUCCAAUCUUGUGCCUUUGGAAAAGGCUGGUCCUAAGGUACCCUCACCUGUGACCAUUAGGAGCAGGACCCCCGAGCCUUGCACACAGGCCCCGAAUUCCUCAGGGUCGCAGGAUCUCAGCCAGCAAGUGCCUAACACGGAGACAAACUGUGCAGGGCUAAGUCACGCCAGUGAUCACGACCACCACCCCAGUGCCACAUUACACAAGUCAGAGCCCUCUAGCCCCCGUCCCACAACUCUGAGCACAGACCGCAUCGACUUUUUCAGUGCCAGAGAAAAAUUCCAGGGUCUUUCCCAGGAGGGGCAAACCAGAGGGACUUCCGAGCAGGCAGUGCACCAGACGCCCCGGGACAAAAGUCCAAGUGUUGAGACAAAACGGCUACUUCCUGAUAAUCCGGUUAAAGAGGAAGAGCAGAAAAAGGAGAGCUGCAGUGUCUCAGUCCAUAACGUAAUUUCAGAAAUGGAGUCUGUACAGCACAGCGUAACCCUUCCCCCCCUUCCUACCAGUCAACCUGUUUCCUGUAGCAACAGCGAGGAAGAGGAGUUCGCUCAAGACGCAUCGGCGGAAGCCGAAACGGAGAAGGCGGAGCAUGGAAAAGACCUUCAAAGCGACUGGGCGAGGGGCACCGUGUGGCGAGCUACUAGAGAGCUCGAGCAGAAGAUCAAGCAGGAGGUCUCGCCGACGCCGCCGGUGUCCCCGGCCCCCACGUGUUCCUCGCGACGCUCCCCAGUCAACACCAGUAGCAGAGGGAAAACAGAGAAGACCUCUCCCCAAACACACCUCGCGUCUGAGCCAAGCACUGUGUCAAAUCAACAUUACCAGCAGCAUCAGAACACUGGAGAUGAGACGGAGGGAGAGGAACCUUUGAGUGUUGAGGAGAGAACUGGAAGAGAGAGUGAGAGAAGACUCGGGGACGGAGAGCCCUCGAGACAAAGUCAUUCGGAUUUAUCAAGCUCAUCUCCUGCUUUGGUUCUUCAGCUAGACGGAAUCACAGAGCAGGAGAGUAACACUGACGCUGGACGCUGUCCAAAGGACAUGAGAGAAACGUGGGAGACCCUGAAAGAGCUCGGGGCGUUCCUCUGGCAAUUAAGUGGCCGCUCCGACAAAAGGCUCAGCCAACCAUGGUCCGGAAGGGAGCAAAGAAACGGCCGGGCUUUGCGGACCAAAGAGGUGGAGGCUCGGAUCCGGCAGGCCGGGCUGACCCCACCCUCAAUGAUGAAGCGGUCGGCCUCCUUGGCGAAACUCGGGUUGUUGGAGCUCUCACCCGUCGACCUGAGCGAGCUUGACUUGAGCCCUGCUUUGCUCUCCACUUUCACCGACAAGCCACAGCCCCACUCGCACAGUGAUGAUACCUCAAAAAAGAAGUGCGUUUACCCCUAUUGCACUCCUUCUCUCCCUUCCUCUUCUGUAUCUCCUCUUUCAUCCACUGGAUCUCAUAUGCUUGGACACACACACACAGAUGAUUGUGAGACCGAGGAGGCUGAACAUUGUGAUUAUGAUGUCAUGUCACUGCCACUCUCCCCACCAACCAAUCAGUGUUGGAGGCGGGAUAAUGCACAGGAAGCAGGUUACGCUCCCUUGACCGCCCCUGCCCUGAUACCUGUGGCAACACGUCAACAGUAUGGGAGGACGCAUCCUCUGAGGAGGCUGAAGAAAUGUACCGUUAACCCUUACCACACUAUGUGACUUUAAUUCUGUAUGCCUGUGCGUGUGUGUUUCUGUACGUGUGAGUUUGUGAUUAACUUGCCACGCAUACCUCAGUGGGCCUUAUCUGACCGGAAGUCAAAAAAGGCGAAUUUUAGAGCACAAAGAAUAGGAAUCCUGAAAUACUGACCCAUUGAAAAAUCACUUGAGGAACAAUAAAUAAUGAAGUGCUAUGACUGAUCUGUUUUUUGCACAAUGUCUGUCAAGUUCUAUGGAAAUUACUACUUCAUCCUUUACCUGUCAGUCUAUGAAAACAUACGACAAAAUUUCAGCUGAAUUGGAAUUGAUUCUGGAGGUUGUGUGUGUGUUUUGCGUGCAUAUUGAGGACUGAAAGAAAGACGUCGAUAAGUAUAUAUGCAUUCAAAAAGGAAUGUGAUGUAAUUGUGAGUGUAACAUGAAUACAGAUGACUAUGUGUGCAUGUUGGUUUAAUGAGAAUGGGAUCUCUUCUGUGGUACUUCUAGAAUGUAGAGUUUAUGGGCCUCAGUGUGCAUAUGUAUAUUUUGUGGAUGUGUAUGAUAUGUAUACUUCAAUGUGGGCGUGUGCACAUUUUCUGUUUGUUUUUUCACUUUUGUGCAGUUCCUUCCUUCAGGGUUCUCUGUUUUGUUGAAGAUAACAAAAAGCAGACAUGGGGGAUUUUAAUAUGCACUUUUUAUCAUUGUUUUAUGUUUUUUUAAACUGUGGUUUGUAUUUUGAAAGCAUGCUCACGGAGUAUGUGUUUAGAGUUGCUUUUAAGGGUGUUUGUACAGUGAAAACAAUGAAAGAAACAGAAACGAUUCUGUCAUUUUAAGACUGGAAAAUAUUUUCUUUUUAUUGUGCAUAAACUGUGACAAUUAAAGAUUUCAAAAUCA